AUUUGAUCUCCAAACAGGACUUGACUUGCAUUUAUAAGAUUGCUUUUCUAGGCGGAGGUAGGGUGAAAAGAUUAUUACAUUGUUUGAAUUUAAUAUUGUACAUAAAUUGAAGCAAUCGUCCAAGGCUGACGUGUGAAUAAGCAUUUUCAUAGAGGAAGAUUGCACAUUAAAACAAAAAUGGCGUGUACACAAAGGACAAAUAAGGAGAUGAAGAUGAAAGCCCAGAAAGAAUACGCGAAGGCCACAGAUCCAGUAGAGAAAUUGAGAUUGGCUUGUUUAUCACGUGGAGCUAAUGGUAUUAAAGGUCUAGCCAGGACUUUUAAAAUUAUGGAUGAUGAUGAAAGCAGAUCAUUAGAUAUGAAAGAAUUUAAGAAAGGUAUCCAUGACUACGGUUUAACAGAAAUGCAGGAUGAUGUUAUACAAGAAGUCUUUCAAAUAUUUGAUAAAGAUGGCAGUGGGUCAAUUGAUUUUGAUGAAUUCUUAGUUCAUUUGAGACCACCCAUGAAUAACAUGAGGAAAAGCUUAAUUCACCAAGCAUUUAACAAGCUUGAUAAAACUGGUGAUGGGUUAAUAACAGUAGAAGAUUUAAAAGGUGUUUAUAAUGUUAAAAAACAUCCCAAAUAUUUAAAUGGUGAAUGGUCAGAAGAUCAGUGUCUAGGAGAAUUCCUUAAAACUUUCGACAGUCAAGAAAAAGAUGGGAAGAUAACGAAAGAAGAGUUUGUCAACUAUUAUUGUGGAGUCAGCGCGUCUAUUGAUAACGAUGCAUAUUUUGGUCUCAUGAUGACGAAUGCCUAUGGAAUAUCAUCGUCGUAAUAAAUAAAACUGCCAAUAUUUCUAUUUUAUUAUUGUAUAUAUUCAUGUAACAUAUUGUUUACUUAACUCGGAAUAUUUAAACUGCAGAUGAGUCCCUGACAGAACCACAGUCUCUUGGGUCCCUGAUAGAAUAUUUAAACCGCAGACUCUGGAGUCCCUGAUAGAAUAUUUAAACUGCAGACCCUUGAGUCCCUGAUGUUGUUAUAACUGGGUAUGUAGGAUUUAUGAAGGGGUGUGGAUAUAUAAGGUGGGGAGUUUGGCAUGGGGCAGCACGAUUCCCAGCAAUGUAAAUACAGUACCCACAAAAGAGUAUUAUUUUGAUUGAUUAAUUUAAAUUGGUAAAUAAAAAGAAUUGACGGCCCCCCAACCAACACCUCUGAGUAUUAUAAUCGUUAAAUAUCCACCUUCCCAUAUCAAUAUCAUAUCAUCCAGAUACUUGAAUUGGAAACAGGAGUCUUGUUAUACUCUAGGAUUCUGGUGAACAAAAUCCCCCCCCCCCCCCCCACAAAGAACCAGUGGUAACUGGUAACUCAGAUAUCUGUGGUUUAUUAUAUAGCUGUUAACUUGAAAUUAGUUUUAAUUAGAAAAAGUUAUUUAAUUUUUGUAAAACAAAAUAGCUAAUUGGUCUUUUACUCUUCUGGUCAUUCAACCUGUUGUUUUACCAAGAUUACUUUGUAUUUUUCCCCCGGGAUGCUGCCUUGUGAUUUAAAACUGGGACUCAAACAGUAGCAUAUAAUGAUACAAGAUACCAAACACAAUUUUAUUUUUUUCGUGGGGUAGGGCACAAACUCUAGUUACUCCCACUGGUCUCAGACCACUAUUUCAGGUAUUAAAUACAGGGUAUUCUGUGACUGUGUAUGAUAAUCAGGUUUUUUAACAAAUGAAAAUCUAAAAUUCCAUUUGCUAGAAAAGAUUUUUAUCAAGAAAUAUAAGAAACGUGGGUGCUAGAGAAACCUGAUUAAGACAAGAAUUGAACAAACAACACCUGGUUAGAAAACAAAAAAAUAAAAAUUUUAUAAUUGGCAUAUUUAGAAAUCUAUGAUCUCCUUUAAUUUAAGUUAUGAGAAGUUGGUUCACUCAUUUUGAGAAACCGAAGUUCUACCUAAUACGGGCGACAUGAAAUUGUAAAUUUUUGUAAUAUUCCUUCAUUUUUUUGCUUUCUCACCAGUCAAAUCUUGGAGCCUGGAUUCCCAACCUCUGGAUUGCGACCCCAGGAGCACUUUUCGUGAUGUCGUGGCAGACUUCUCUGAAACUUUUGAAGAAAUGCUAUGUUUUCAUGAAAAGCAUGUAAAUCGCUGAUCAAUAAACCUCUUGCCACAUUGUCAAUCAUCUUUCCUCUCUCACAACCACAAUUUCUUUCCUCAGUCUCUCAUUAUAACAUUUUGAUCUAUAAAUAAUGAUGAUGUUUGAUAGUAAAAGGUGACCCUUUCUUCGAGAGGGCCGUGAUCAGAUGAUGGUUUCUGAAAUGGGGUCGCAACCAACGAAAGCUUGGGAACCACUGUCUCAAAGGAAGUCAAAAAAUGUUUUUUUAUUUUAAUUCUAUUCUGGUUUUUAUUGCUUCUUUUCCAUAAUCAUAUAUAUACUAAUGUCCAAAAGAAAGUAUACACUGUAAAUUUCGUCUUGCUUCAAACAAAGUCGUUUUUCCAUUGUAUGCGGUUUGUUUUGCUAUUUAUUUGCUUAGAAAUAUUGAGUUUGGAAGCACGAGACAUGUUCAGUGUAGUUUUAUCACAUUUUUUUUUUGAUUUAAACAAAACUUAAUAUUUUUAGUGUGUAUACUUUCUUUUGGACAUUAGUAACCCCCAUGUAAAACACAAAUAUUGUUUUGUUUUUAUUAAUGACAAGCAUAAUAUGAUUACAGCAGAUUUUUCUGAUAUAUAUAAUUAUGGUGUCCAACAUUUACUACAUACACCAAUUGUAUUAUUCUUUAUGACUCUAGUUAUAUUAAAUUAUUUCUUUUUAGUUAAA